AGGCGGGGCGAGGCGGCCGCCCGCCCCCUGCGCCGGGCCCCGAGCCUGGCGGCGGCGGCGGCGGCGGCGGCAGUGGCAGUGGCGGGGACGCUCCUCGGCGGCAGCCAUGAAGUCGCUGUGCCUCGUCACCGUGGGGGUCCUGGCCAUGACGCUGCUCAUCGCCAGCAUCUCCUUGCUGGUGGCGCACGUCUUCCAGACGGUGGUGGACCAGCAGGUGAAGCAGGGAACAGUAUUAAGAAAUGGCACAGAUACCUUUGAAGCCUGGGAAGAUCCUCCUCCACCAGUCUACAUGCAGUUCUACUUUUUUAAUGUGACAAAUCCUUUAGAAGUGCUUCAAGGAGCUACUCCUCUCGUGGAGGAAAUAGGGCCGUACACCUACCGAGAAUACAGGCCAAGAGUGCAUGUUCAGUUUUUGGACAAUGGUACAAAAGUAUCCGCUCUGAAUCCAAAGACCUAUGUGUUUGAACCUCAGAAGUCAGUUGGAGACCCCGAAGUAGACCUGAUUAGAACGAUUAAUAUUCCUGCAGUGACAGCGAUGGAGCUGACCAGAUCAACCCCUCUUCAGUUUGCCACAGAAGUGCUGCUACUUUUAUACCAAGAAUCCCUGUUCACAGUGCGCACCGUUCAUGAAUUACUGUGGGGCUACAAAGACAGGCUUCUGUCAACCAUUCAUCUUUUGCAUCCUGAGAUUGAUCCAGAGUUUGGUUUCUUUAAUAAGAUGAAUGGAACUGAUGAUGGAGAAUAUGUUUUCCUAAGUGGGGAAAGGAACUACCUUAACUUCUCAAGAAUUGUGGAAUGGAAAGGAGAAGAGUCAUUGAACUGGUGGACAACGAAGACAUGUAACAUGAUCAACGGAACAGAUGGGACAUCCUUCCACCCACUGAUUAGCAAAGAUGAAAACAUUUAUAUCUUUUCUUCUGAUUUCUGCAGAUCUUUUUAUCUGGUGUAUGACAGCUCUGGAAGUGUUGCAGGCAUCCCAACCUACCGCUUUGUGCCCUCCCCUAAGGUGUUUGCCAACAGUACCAUUAACCCGGAUAACACUGGAUUCUGUGUGCCACCAGGAAACUGCCCUGGCACCGGUGUCCUCAAUGUCAGCAUCUGCAAGCAAGGUGCUCCCAUAUUUCUGUCAGCUCCACAUUUUUACCAAGCAGAUGAAAAAUUUAUUGAGGACAUAGAGGGCAUGCACCCAAGAAAGGAAUAUCAUGAGACAUUUGUGGACAUCAAUCCUCUGACAGGGCUGGUCCUGCAAGCAGCCAAGCGUAUGCAGAUCAAUGUUCAUGUCAGAAAAUUACGUGAAUUUGUUGAAACAGGCAACAUCCGAACGCUGAUUUUCCCAGUGUUGUAUAUAAAUGAGAGUGUUCUGAUCGAUGAAACGUCUGCCAACAAACUCAAGCACGUCCUGCUGGAAGCCAGUGUUGUAACUGGAAUCCCCUUCGUAAUCAUGGCUCUAGGAAUUGUUUUCGGGAUUGUUUUUAUUGUGCUUGUGUGCAGGUCCCGUGGAAUAAGUGAAGAGGGAAGGGAAGUUUUAAUAGACUCAGAAUAAGUGCACCAAACAAAGGAUUGCAGCUAAUACAAGAAACAUGAGCACUGAAGACGAAAGGGCUCCACUCAUCAGGACAUCCUAGUAGAUUUUCCUUAACAUAUGAGCUUGGAGAAUAAACUGUUAGAGCUGACCUAAUACCAACUACCACUACCCAGCAUCGUCCACUGUGGAGAAACGAUCGUGUCAAGUAUAACUUUUUGUGGUAUAGGGAUGGAAGAGAAGCUGCAACAUCAUCAAAGGAGGAGACUUGUCUUACCAGCUAAGUUAUAACUUUAAAACUACAUUUUAAAACUGCUUGAGAUCCUGCUUUUUUCAACUCUGCACUCUAUUUGUACAUGCACUGACAGCCAUAGACGACCAUAACCACUAUAUCAGUGAAAAUAAAAUGCCCUGAUUCAUUAUAAGAAUGACACGGGUAAAAUUUGCAAAUGGCCUGAGGAAUGUGGGCUGCGGAGUACCCUUUCAGCAGGGUACUGUAGGCUACAGUGCAGCAGGCUCCUGUAUCACCCGGGAACACUUGAAAAUUUUGCUGUAGGCCUAGUAUUGUCUUUUUCUGUAGAGUGCUACAGGCUUCUUACUACCAGUGUGUACUGACUGUUAGUAUCAUCGGUCCUUUCACAAGACCGAUUUGUAAAACUAAUCCAAAACAUUCACUGAAGCUUAGUUAAACAUACAUAGGUAUCAGGUAAAAAGAAGCCAAUGAUUUGAAAUGCUGUUCCUUACAGACCUCUUACCUGUUCUAACUGUGCACAGGAUCCCAUUGCAUGUUAGUGAUACAUCUAUGCUUAAGUUUUUUCUUCAGCUUAUAAAACAAAACAAAACACAGUGUUGUUCUUCAUGGUGGAGGGUACAAAAUGGUAUUCUUUUUCCUCUGAUAUUUGUGUCACAAUUAUUAACUGUGUGGUUUAAUGUGAAUGAAGACUUGGCAGUUACACUUAUUGUUUAGGGUGUAAGCAGACCUCCAUAUUAAGGUAUGUAUAGGGCCUUGAAAAGCCAAAACAUUUUUUUACUUUUAUCGUUACUUACCUGCUGUUUUAAAAACAAAAGUAUUUUUCCCCAGUGAAAAGAGUAUUUUCAUUGAGAAGUAUUUCCAUUAGGUCAAGACAGUGAAUCAAAUUUUAAAAUGUAUUAUUUUCUUCAAAAUAGAGGCAUUGUUUUUUGCAUUGUUUUGGUUUGUCUUUUUGCCUAGCUGGUAACUGGCUCAGCAGUUUUGUUCCUCUGGAGCCCAUUCCAUCCAGGAAGUUUCACGGUGAUUACAGUUAUUUAUUAUCUGUACCGUCUAAAAGCACUUGCCGCAGCCCAGGGCUCUCACAGUAUUGCAGUUCCAGCUUUGCCUGUUCCACUCGAGGGGCAGAUUUGCCUCGAGUUGUGCUUUCAGCAGAAGGCCAGAGCUUAACAAAUUAGUAUCCUAAGCCAGGGCCUGAGCUUGCUGCUUGGCUGAGGAAUGGGACUCUGCUGGGACAUUGCCUGCCCGUCGCCUUGUGAGCUGCAGGCAUAUACCUGGGGAAUGACAAGCUCAUUCCAGCUUUCUACACGCAGUCAUCUCAGCAGAGCUGUUGUGGAGCAACCCCUCUAUCUGACAUCGAGGGCUGAAACUGUCAUCUCUACUCCGUGCCCCCUAGAUGUUGCCCUUUGGCUGUCUGGGCUGAAAAUAAUGCUUUGUGAAAACACGUCUUUGCUCUACUUUAACCCAGACUGCUGCUCUUCUUGCCAUGUCCCAGAUGCCAGAUACGUAGUCGGAGUUAGUCACCUCAGUGUUUUUGUGCUAAUCAUUUCCUUCCUCGGCCGAUUUCUGUGAGAAUCUGUCUCGUAGGGAAAGUCCAGUGGAUUUUCUUUCCUAGCUGCCUGCCAAGUCAUUCCCCUGGGAGAGCUUGCCCUCAAAUUAUGGUGUCAGGAAGGGGGCAGGGAAAAACUGCUGAUUCCAGUGCGAGGCAACUGCCUGCAAAGAUAAUAGUCUUUCUCAGCCAGGGAGCCUGCAGGUAUGGAGAGACAGCAGGCUGCAUGGCCGCUAUAAUCAGCACGGUAUAGCCACGUGAGUGUGAAUUUCCUGCUUGAGUCGGUGUGCCCUGGCUUCUGUCGGGUAUUGAUUAGGCUCCUUCACGCUCUGUGAUACAGGAGUUCAUUGCUCCCCCUUUAGAGCUGGCCCUGGUAUCUGCGUGCCACAGCAGAUAGGCUCCAAGGCGUCUAUCUUCAGAGGCUGGUCUGCCGACAGGUAGUUUGUCUUGUACGGCUCCAAGGCGUCUAUCUUCAGAGGCUGGUCUGCCGACAGGUAGUUUGUCUUGUACAGUGUAGGCCAGAGACUCGGAAGGGCUUCAGCGUCUCCGUUGUGCAAGCCGGGUCGCUGCGCUAAAGGCACACGGUCUGCAUCGGCUGCAUCUUGUGCGCGAGUGUCCCCUCUGCACUGCAGCCCAGAACUGAAAUCCUCAGUGAUGCUUCCACCAUCGCCCCUGGUUUUCCCAGUUUUAGUCUUAAUAAAUAAGCAACAAGAUUCCUAUAAGGAAUAAGAUUAUUCUGAUCAAAUGAUAAUGUUUCAGAGUAAAAUUCUCCCGUCAGCAGAGAAUUAGCAGGCAGCCUCUGCACCACAGACGCUUUGGCCAAAGUGGCCUCAGCCAGCUCCAAGGCAGACGGGGCGACUUCGGGGCUGGAGCUGGUCUCAAGGACUAGGGAGCGGAGGCAAGCCGGAGCCUGACGCAGGACUUCAGAGGUGCCAGCUCCAUUCCUUGGGCGUGUUGCUCAGCCUCUGUAAACCUCUGUGGCUCCCUUGCAAUCAGGGGAGCUGUUCCCCCUUACGUAUACAAGGGCCUUUGCCCUCCAGUGUUACUCUCUUUCUGAAGACGCAAGAUGAACUUUUUAGCUCUCUGAAUCACUGUUGCUAGCUGUUUGUGUGUGUUUCCCUAACGUGAUACAGCACAUUAAGCUGCACUUUUGUUUUCCGUACUGAAUUGAUGCAAUACCUCCUUUCUUUGACCUGUUUCUGAGAAAUUUUUUCCCUUGGGAAUCAUCCGUUUCUUAAGUCUCCAUUAAACCAAAAAGGAGGAGAUUUUCCUCUGCCUAAUGCACAGGGAAGAUCUGUUUAGGUUCUGUAUCCCUCUUUUAAUUAUUUUUUCCUGCUCUUGCUCUACCAUUAGACAAUUUAUUCUUGUACCAUCGGUCUGUUUUGCUGCAUCUUCUCAGUUUCAGUGCAAGGGUGGAAAUUCUCAGUGCUGUGGAAAGCAACUUUCUACUGAUUUCAGGGCUGCCUUCUUCUCUGUUGGUGGUGAGGACCUGAGGGCAAAGUGAAGGCAAAAGUUGCCUUUGGUCUCUUGGUUUAGACACAGUUGUUCUGGUCCUCUGAACAUCUGAAUCUUCCUGCAACAGACACUGAAGCAGAUGGAUUUUCAGAAGACCGUAGCUUGACAUAGCCCUGCAGCCACAGAAGUCGGUUGGGUUCUACUGUAGGCUCUGUGGGAUGCUCCGAAACCUCCCCUAUAAAUGGGUACAAAUCGACAGACAGAUGCUUAGCCACUUGGCGGAAGGUACAUAAAUGUCUUUGUAAAAUGACUACAGAAUUUUAGAAAGAAACAAGCCUAAAAGAUGCCUGCUGGUUUGGCUGAUACUUUAUUUCCUUUUUGGUUUAUUAAACCAGUAUAUUUCCAUGUGAUGCCUUGUAGUGGAGUCUUAUGCCCUCCUUCUACUAAUACAACACCUGGAAAAUACCAGCUGUGCUUUGGAAGAGCUGUUCCCAUUGGAUGGCAGGCUUUCCCUCACUGAUUUAGGAACGGUGAUGGUUUGGUGGUUCACGCUGUGGGGACAGUUAUCACCAAGAGUUUACUGCACUAUUUCUGUGUGAUCAGUGGUCUGGAUAUUUCCUGUAACACCGGGGUCCCUUUUGUUCUCUAUUUUUAUUUGUAAGUGUGUGAGAAAACACUAAAACAUGUAUUUUUCUCCUGUGGGUGCAUCAUGUGUGUGAUGAUGGUUAGUAACAUGUGUGUUCCAGUGCAAGCUCCCGCGCUGCCCGGUGCCUGCGGGUUGGCUGCGGCUCUGGCUCCCCUGCUCCGUGGCAUACCUUCGUCCGCCUCCGGGCACUGGGCGUGAGCCGGAGUCCGGCACCGGGCAGGAUGCUGAACUCCGUAGCGGCAGGUCGCCGGGGCAUCCAGGCACCUUGGUAAGAGUUGCACGUGCUGCGCCCAGCAAAGACUGGACACGUAUGAUCCCUACCCUUGGCUGCUCUACAAAGUAUUACUUGCUCUCGGAGCCAAGAAUAUCCUGUGCAGCGUUUACUUACUUGCAAGUACCGAAGACUCGUGGGGGAGGACUGUCAGCUUUGUUGAUUGUUUAUUGAUUAUUUUUUAACCUGAAAUUAUUUUCCAGUGGCUGAGCAGAGGAGACACUUGUAGCACUAAUCGGUGUGUCCGCGCACUCGGUUCGCUCCGUGUGACGAGCAGUUUUUAUUUCCACUGUUAAUUCAGAUCAGGCAUUGCACUAAUAAAGGUUAAUGUUUCUAUUUAAGCGA